UACUAAUAAUAUAUUCUGUGUUUUUUCUUCGGCUUUGCAAUUGUUCUUCACAUUGAUUCCUACUUCGUAGGCUUACUCUCCUUCGCUUUCGGUUUCUCUCUCUGCUUUCUUUCAAAGCUCUCGGAUUUUCUCUCUUUCUCUCUCAAGCUCAAAUCACCUCACGAAUCAGAUGGCCAUGCAGGAAGGAAAUCCUGCGGGUACUCCCAGUGCUCAAGUUGUUGGAAAUGCUUUUGUGGAGCAGUAUUACCAUAUUCUUCACCAAUCGCCGAACCUCGUGCAUAGAUUUUAUCAAGAUUCAAGUUGUUUAAGUCGGCCAGAUAUGCAUGGCAACAUGACAACUGUGACAACCAUGCAGGCAAUCAAUGAGAAGGUACUAUCGCUGAAUUAUGAGGACUAUACAGCAGAGAUAAAAACUGCAGAUGCUCAAGACUCUUUUGAGAAAGGGGUCAUUGUACUGGUAACUGGAUGCUUAACCGGAAAAGACAAUGUGAGAAGGAAAUUCACACAAACCUUCUUUCUAGCUCCACAAGAUAAAGGUUACUUUGUCUUAAAUGAUAUUUUCAGAUAUGUUGAGGAGAAAGAGUUGCAAAACACCGUUCCAGAUAAUGGCAUCAAUGAACAGGCUUCAACAUCUGCCUUGACACCAGAACCAGAGCCAACUCAUGAAAAUCUUGUGGAAGACCCAUUAACUUACCCAGAAGAUGAAGAUGUUAAUAAUGGUGCUGAAGUUUUUGACCCUUCGGAUAAGGAGGAAGGAUCAGUGAUUGAAGAUGAAGUCGUUGAACCCCAAAACAUUACAAGUCCUAAUGAAACUGUUGUGGUUGUUGAUUCACCUCCUGUGGUUUUAGAGGAUGCUCCUAAGAAAUCAUAUGCUUCAAUUGUCAAAGUAAUGAAAACUAAUACCGCAUCUGCUCCGGUCUAUGUUCCUAUCAAUAACGUGAGGGUGGCACCUAAAGAACCUCACUCCAUUGUUUCUGCAAAACCUGCUCCAGCAACCGAGGUAGCAUUGCCUAACAGUGACAAUACACCUGAAAGUAGCAAUGACAAUGAGGAAGCUGAAGGACACUCCAUAUACGUACGGAAUUUGCCUUACACUGCAACACCUGCGCAACUCGAGCUGGCAUUCAAAAAAUUUGGGCCCAUUAAGCGCAACGGCAUCCAAGUCAGAAGCAAUAAGCAGGGAUUCACGUUCGGGUUUGUUGAAUUCGAAAAUGCAAGUUCAGUGCAGAGUGCACUUGAGGCUUCACCAAUCACUAUUGGGGAUCGUCAAGCUGCUGUGGAAGAAAAGAGGACUAAUACUCGAGUUGGUAGCAGUGGGAGUGGGACUGGGAGGGCAAGAUAUCCUUCAGGUAAAGCUGGGUUUCGAAGUGACAAUUUCAGGGGUCGAGGGAACUUUGGCAGUGGCCGAGGAGGAGGCUAUGGCAGGAAUGAAUUUAGAAACCAGGGGGAGUUUUCAGGACGACCAAAGGGUUUAGGUGGUUGGAAUGGAGAUAACUAUCAGCGAGUUAAUCAGAAUGGAAGAGGUGGCCGUCAAGGUGGUGCAGGUGCCGCGGCGAAACCAUGAUUUGAUUCUUCAUAAUUGACUGAGAAAGUGACCAGAUGAUUUUUUUUUUUGACAACAUAAAACAAAGGAAAUGGAAGGCACUAGAAGAAUUGAAGUUCUUGAUUUUCAUAAAUUCAACUAUUUAUGAGUAGACUACUGAGUUCCCGCCCCCCCCCCCCACCCGGCCCUAAACUCUCUUUUUCUUGUGUUAUUUGUUCAAGUAAUGUGUUUGAGGAUUAUAUGAUCACAUUUUUGAUAUAAUCGUCAUGUCAUUGUUAUAUAGUUUUAAUCUGUUACUGACUGAUUCCUUGAAAAUUGGAGCUAAUGACAUUUAUUGGAUCGGACUGUUUAUUUUUUGGUUCAA